AUGGGAGAAGAUUUGUUUAAGCCGGUUGGAGAGAUUGUUGAAGAAACUGAGGGAAAUGUAAAUGGGAACGAGAAUGAGAACGAUAAUGGGUUGGUUCAAACGGGUGCAUUUGACGCUAUGGGCCAUCCAGUGCAGGAGAUUCAGUCGCUAUGUAUGAACUGCCAUAAGAUGGGUACUACCCGGAUGCUUUUGACCCGGAUUCCGUACUUUAGGGAAGUUGUUCUUAUGUCAUUUGAAUGUCCGGAAUGUGGGUUCAAGAACUCUGAGAUCCAGCCAGCUUCUGAGAUCCAGGAGAAGGGGUCUAAGUAUAUGUUGAAGGUUGAGGGGAAGGAAGAUUUCAACAGACAGGUGAUCAAGUCUGAGACAGCUUCGUGUAAGUUUGUGGAGCUAGAGCUUGAAAUUCCGGGGAAGCGUGGACAGUUGACGACGGUGGAAGGGUUGCUCAGCGAGAUGGUGGAUGAUUUGGAGGGCGACCAGGAGAUGCGUAAGAAGAUCGAUGAGAAUUUGUACGAGCAGAUCCAGAAGUUUAUCGAGAAGGUGAGGGAUACUAUUGCUUGCAAGGAGGGUACGUUGCCACUAACGUUUGUGUUGGACGAUCCAACGGGUAACUCAUGGAUCGAGUACAAGCCUGGGGAGGCAGCACACAAGUGGUCACACAGCGAGUAUGCGAGAACGGAUGAGCAGAACGUGCAGAUCGGGUUGAUGUCGAGAGAACAGUACGAGGAGAAGCGUGAGCAAGAGCGUGAAAGAAUAGCUCAACGUGAGAGAAACCCAUCUGUGGCCAAGGAACAAGAAAAAGAACAAGGCCAAGGAAAGGAACACAAAUUCUUGUCGGACGCUACCGAUAUCGAGAACUUCAACAGCGAGGUGCAGAGCUUCAGUGUCUCGUGCCCUAACUGUUUGCAACUCUGCGAUACUCACAUGAAGCCCGUCAAUAUCCCUCAUUUCAAAGAAGUCAUCAUUAUGUCCACCGUAUGUCCAAACUGUGGUUACAAGUCUAACGAAGUCAAGACUGGUGGUGCCAUCCCAGAAAAGGGUAGAAGAAUCAAGCUAUACUGUGACGAUCCGGAAGAUCUUUCCAGAGAUAUCUUGAAGGGUGAAAACUGUAAGAUGAACAUUCCGGAACUUAACUUGGACAUCCAAGAGGGUACUCUUGGUGGUAGAUUCACUACUUUGGAAGGUCUACUAAGACAGGUGUACGAUGAAUUGGAGUCUAGAGUGUUCACUCAAACCUCCGAUUCGAUGGACGAAGAAACCAAGGCCCGUUGGGUAGCAUUCUUCGCCAGAUUAAAGGACGCCAUCAACGGGAAGGUCAAGUUCACUGUCAUAAUGGAAGAUCCAUUGGCUGGCUCGUACAUCCAAAACGUUUACGCUCCAGAUCCAGAUCCAAACAUGACCAUCGAAGACUACGAUAGAACUCCACAGCAAAACGACGAGUUGGGUUUGACUCAAAUGAAGGUGUAA